AUGUGUGGGAGCAGCAAGAAAACAGCCUUGGACGAUGACGAUGGGCCAGUCAUUACUAAUCUGGCCUCUGUAAUGGGGACGAUGAACAUCAAUGGCAAGUUCAAAUCUUGCUGCCAGAAGAAACCAGCUCGGAACCAAUCACCCAGUGAAGAUUCAUCGUUUCAUAAAAGAAUCAGCAGAAGAGCUCAAAAGUAUAAAACUAGAGCUGUCGCUGCUCAAGAUGCCAUGAAAGCAAAAAGGGGUCACAAGAAGCCAGUUCCUUUCAGCACCGAGUCAGUUAACCUUGACGCUGAAGUUGCUGCUCCAGUGCCAGAUCCCAAUGAUGAAUCUAUCCGUGCAGACUCUAUCGUAUCUUCGGAAGUCGAAUCAGAGACUGCUGCAGCCAAUACAGAGGAUCAAAACCAUGCCGCUCUACGAGAAGAGUGCGAACUACUAAGAGCCCAGGCUCUUGAAUGUAUCCGUGCAGACUCUAUCGUAGAGUUGGAAGUCGAAUCAGAGACUGCUGCAGUCAAUACAGAGGAUCAAAACCAUGCCGCUCUACGAGAAGAGUGCGAACCACUAAGAGCCCAGGCUCUUGAAUCUAUCCAUGCAGACUCUAUCGUAUCAUCGGGAGUCGAAUCAGAGACUGCUGCAGUCAAUGCAGAGGAUGAAAACCAUGCCGCCCUACGAAAAGAGUGCGAACUACUCCGAGCUCAGGCCGUUACACUCAAGAAUGCCAUUCUCAGUCGGCGCCCGAAGCAAGUAGGUAUCACCGAGACAGCAGUCACGAAGGAGUACGAGUUCAUCUGCGAAGCAGUAGAGGGGUGGGUUGCGACCAGGCUGGGGGAGGCACUCGAAGACAAUACUCUGUACGAAAACAGAGAUACGCUUUCUCCGGACGCAGCAAAGCUCCUCCUGUCUUUCAUAUCGAAUGACGGGAAGAAGGCUUUCGUGCACGCUGGCACCGACGAGUACAACAUCAUCGCAGCCAUCAUGACGUUUCUCCACCAGGAAGUCUUCAACAAGGCCUUGUGUGGCGCCGUCGAUUACAGGAUCAUUGAACUGAUCAACGCCGUUGGGAAAAGCAUGCGCAACAUGCAGCCGCAGAGAGGUGAGUACAACCAUAUAUAUCCCCCCCCCCCCCGCUUUCCGGGCCACGCUCAUCGUUCCGCAGGGGAGGUGACUUGUCGGACCUGGUACACCGAGGCUCUCGCCGCUCUGGCGAACGAGGCCGAGUUUCCGACCUUGCAAGACCGGCGCGUCGACGACCUAGCCAUCCACCUCUCCCAAGUGCUGCACAUGUUUCUCCCGCAGAGAACAAGCAAGAAAGAGCUCUACAUCUCGCUCCGUAACUCCAUUAUUCGGCCUUCGGUGUCCCUCGGCCACAAGAUGUGUCUGUCGAUUGACAAGCUUGCUCUAGAAUGGGCCUCACCCGAGGAACUCGCCUUGGACACCCGCUCGGGCUGGGACAAUGGGCUCCCCAAUCUGAUCCUCGCCAAUGCGGCCGCAGACGGCCAAGUCCUGAAAUCCAUGCCCGAAGCGGAAUUGGAUUUCUUGCUCAAUGUCAGUCCCGCCUUGGUCGUGAGGGCGGCGAGGGAAGAGGUUUUCGUAGAGCCGCGGGUAUUGAGGAAGCCCAAGCUUCUGGUGACUACGGCUGCGACGAGGAAACGCAAAGUUUUGCAUGACGUUCUUAAACGUCGGCCCUGGGAGAGUCCAACUUUGUUAUAUUGGCUCAGCGAUUUCAUUGAGAAGCAGUCAAAGUAG